UAUAUAAAUAUGACCACAUAUACAAUUGAAUAUUCUUCAACGAUAGUCUACUUCGUAGGAAUUCAGAAUUCUGUAGAAUUAAUCCUUAGAAUUUAAAAUAAAUUCAAACACUCAUUCGACAUAUUUUUCAUAUCUUUUAGCAAAAAUGUCAGAUAAAAAAGCAAUACCUGAGAGUUUUAUAUCAACCAAGCAGUUUCCUGACAAUUUUCUUCUUGGGACAACUACUGGAGCUUUCCAAGUAGAAGGAGCUUGGAAUGAAGAUAAAGCGGAAUCAAUAUGGGACCAUUAUUUCCAUUCCAAUGAAGCAAACAAAUCGUUUAGAUACUUCUUAGAUUUACCAGAGUCGGUAAUUGAAAAACACAUACAGAAGGGUGUUAAACCUAGAUUAGCUGAUGUGUAUAAGGGCAUGGGAGUAUACGAAUUCCCAUCAUCUGCAAUUAAUGAUGGUACCCAUUUUAAUUUCAACGGAGAUAUUGCUGCGGAUUCGUACCAUAAAACAGAUAUAGAUGUCAAACUUCUUAAAGAAUUGGGUGUUCAAGUUUAUCGAUUUUCUAUAGCUCCGACUAGAAUUAUUCCAAUGGUUCAUGAUCAUUUAGCAGGAAAAGCAGGAAUAGCUUAUUAUAAUAAUCUAAUUGACAAAUUGAUCGAAAAUGGAAUCACACCAAUGGUUUCGCUCUAUAACUAUGAUUUAGGGGAAGCUUUUAAUAAAAUUGGAGGACUAACAAAUUGGGUUAGUUAUAUAUAUUAUCCAAAUUAUGCGAGAAUCUGUUUUGAGAAUUUUGGAGACAGAGUGAAAUAUUGGACUACGUUUCCAGACAUACAUUUAGCGGCCGAAGGAUAUGGUUCUGAGCAUUUCGCUCCUGGUUACCAAGAACCAAUAUUUGGUGGACAUACAGAUUAUCAAGUAUUGCAUCAUUUUAUUAAUACACAUGCAAUGGCUUAUCAAUUAUACAAUAAUGAAUUCAAAGAAAAACAAAAAGGACAAAUAAGUUUAGCUAUUGAUGGAACUUGGUUCUAUCCAAAAGACCCAAAUAAUCCUGAACAUCAAAAAUCUGCUGAAAAUGCACGAAUAUCAACAUUUGGUUUAAUAGCACAUGUAUUAUCCACUGGAAAAUACCCAGAUGAAUUUUUAGAGUCUAUUUAUAGAACUAAUAAACGAGAAAAAAUAGGAGUCAAUAGAGUUCAACAGUUUACAAAAAAAGAACAAGAAUUAAUUAAAGGAUCAUUCGAUUUUAUUGUAUUCAACUAUUAUAAUAGUGUAAAAGUACGACCAAUGACCGAUGAAGAGUUUGCCGCUGAACCUAAUCUCAAAAGAAGAGAUCGAGGAUAUUUCAUGGAUCUACAUAAUACUACACAAGCUGAAGUUUUCGAAGGAUUUUUAAAUUGUUUAAAAUGGAUUAAAGAAAAAAUGAAUAAUCCAAAAAUAUUUAUUGGAGAAAACGGAUUUCCUGAAGAAGAUGGUAUUGAUGAAAGUGAAAAAAAAAUAGCUUAUCACACAGGCAUAUUAAAUAAAUUACUUGAAGCGUUGGAUGAAAACAUAAAUGUGUUUGGAUACUGUGUUUGGUCAUUUUUAGAUACACUCGAAUUCACUUUCGGUUAUUGGAAGAGAUUUGGAAUUUAUGCGGUAGACUUUAAUGACGAAUCAAGACCACGUUCAAAGAAAAAUAGUUUCUCAUUUUUUCAGCAAUUGUUCCGAACCAAGAAAUUGCAAAUUAAAAAUUAGAAUGAAAUAAAAAAAUAAUAUUAAAAUGAAAUAUUUACAUAUUAAGUAUAUCCAAUAGCGUAAAGCAGAAUUAUGUUAUAUAAUAUCUAAUAUGGAUAUCUUAAAAUUUUUUUUAUAUCUUUAAAUAAUUACUCUUUCUAUUAAAAUCCCUCUACUUAAUCCUUAUAUACCUAUAUUGAAUGAUUUAUAUUUUAAUAUUAAAUUAUAUAAUUUAUCAUGA